GACUCCGGAAGUACUGGCUGUGGGUAGUUGUGGCUGCUCGGAGUCCUAGUUUACGAUGGGUUGCGACGGAGGAACUAUCCCCAAGAGGCACGAACUGGUGAAGGGGCCCAAGAAGGUUGAGAAGGUUGACAAAGAUGCAGAAUUGGUGGCCCAGUGGAACUACUGCGCUCUCAGUCAAGAAAUCUUGAGGCGACCGAUAGUUGCCUGUGAACUGGGCAGACUGUACAAUAAGGAUGCUGUCAUUGAGUUUCUGCUGGACAAGUCUUCCGAGAAGCCCCUGAAGGCAGCCUCUCACAUCAAGAGCAUUAAGAACGUGACAGAGCUGAAGCUCUCUGACAACCCUGCCUGGGAAGGGGACAAGGGCAGCACCAAAGGGGACAAGCACGAUGACCUGCAGCGGGCGCGCUUCAUCUGCCCUGUGGUGGGCGUGGAGAUGAACGGCCGGCACAGGUUUUGCUUCUUGCGCUGCUGCGGCUGUGUCUUCUCGGAGCGAGCCCUGAAGGAGAUCAAGGCCGAAGUCUGCCACACGUGCGGGGCCGCCUUCCAGGAGCACGACGUCAUUGUGCUCAACGGCACCAAGGGGGACGUGGAGCUGCUGAAGGCCCGCAUGGAGGAGAGGCGGCUGCGUGCCAAGCUGGGAAAGAAAACAAAGAAACCCAAAGCAGCAGAGACCGUGUCAAAGCCAGAUGUCCCUGAAGAAAGUACAGGGCCAUCGGCUGUCACAGGCGGGAAGCCCGAGGAAACGAGCCUUGACUCCAGGGAGAAGGCCGGCCUGGUUCCCAAAGGCCCAGCACCGGGUGGGAGUGCGUCUGGGAAAGCCGGGAAGGCUCCAUGUGCAGCCAUGAAGCGGCCCAUCGACGACAGCCACCAGUCUGAGACCUACAAGUCCCUCUUCACGUCUCACAGCUCUGCCAAGCGCUCCAAGGAGGAGUCCGCCCACUGGGUCACCCACACCUCCUACUGCUUCUGAAGCCGUGCCCAGCCUUCCCGCCUGAGACCAUUAAACAAGCACGGCUGUGCUCA